AUGACGAGCUCGCCAUCAGCUGUAGUCAGCACGCGCCUUCUGCCACUCGCGUGCGACGACUGCUACUGGAACCCUCGACGUCUCGCAUGGCCAGGUGGCCCGACCACAGACGGUGCUGAAUCAGCGCACGAUAUUAUGUCGAGGCACAUCGCACCGAUCGACUUGAUCUCCUUGGGGAAACCAGUGUUGCUCUGUUCAUCCGAGGACGCGAAGCGACGCGCUUCUGCGACGAUCUGCUUGCUCAGCGGCCUCCAUGCUGAGUAG